GACCAACUCCCUCAUGCUUUGGUCUAUUGCUUGUCGUAGGACCCCCAAAUAUUUUCCUCCUCGAUUCUCACGUACAAUGGCCACUGGGUACGCGAGAGACCAGCCUCCGGGGUUCACAAACCGGAUUGAACGGGUGGCCAUUGUCGGGGCUGGUGGAUCCGUGGGCAAACACAUUACCGAACAACUCCUUCUGCAUGGGCAACACACGGUAACCGCCAUAUCGCGACCCAACAGCCGCUCCCCCCUUCCCGAAGGGGUCCACAUCGCCCGGGUCGACUACACGGAUCCGACGAAGAUCAGUGCUCUCAUUGAUACCCUCCGGACUCAACAAGCCCUAAUCAUCACCAUGAGCCACCAAGCCCCGCCCACCACCAUCCUCCACCUGAUCCGCGCCGCCGCGCAAGCCGGGGUGCCUUACGUCCAACCGAACUGGUGGGGCCACGAUCCCGCCCACGAAUCCAUCUGCCGCGACAGCAACCUCUCUACCCGGCGCGACACAGUGCUCUCCGAAAUCCAAUCCCUGGGGGUCAGUCACUACCUCCUGCUGGUGUGCAACUUCUGGUACGAGUGGAGUCUGGGCGGCGGGCCGAACCGGUUCGGCUUCGACUUCCCGCGGCGGACCGUGACCUUCUUCGACGGUGGCCUCGAGCCCAUCAACACCACCACCUGGCCGCAGGUCGGGCGCGCCCUGGCCCGCUUGCUCAGCUUGAAGGAAUUGCCCCAGGACGAGUCGGAUCCGGCGCCGACCUUGAGCAAAUUCCGGGAUGGCGCAGUCUAUGUGUCCAGUUUCCGGCUGACCCAGAGGGAGAUGUUUGAGAGUGUCAAGCGGGUCACCAAGACGCAGGAUCAAGAUUGGACGGUGACGGAGGAGUCGGCGGUGGAGCGCUAUGAGCAGGCCCAGAAGGAUUUGCAGGUGAAGCUGGAUCUGAAUGUCUACACAAAGAUGCUGUAUAGUCGUAUGUUCUUCAAGGAUGGUGGCGGCGAUUAUGAGUCGACGCGCGGGUUGGAUAAUGAGGCGCUCGGGUUGCCUAUGGAGGAGCUGGAUGAAGCGACAACACGGGCAGUGCGCUUGGGUGAGGAGGAUUCAGUGCCUUAUUCAUGAUUGAGGAUCAGUCUGUUGGCAGCAGAUCUAGAAACCCUGUCAAGGGUCCGAGACAUAGACUAAGUGACGGGGGUUGUGGGCCUAAUGAAUGAAUAUAAUUGGUUGAUUCAGUCUCC